UUCUGAAGACGGUAGCAUGUGGCGGUCGUUCCAAAAAAUUUCACAAAAUUCUUGUGCUCGGGCGAAUUCGAGCUGUGUAAGCUUCGGUGUACGAACAUUGUCGAUGUCGGCGGAUGCUGUUGGAAGUUCACGGAGUGAAUACGAAACUGUUGUUCAUAACCGGGCUCAAAAGAAAUUCAUUUUGAAUAUCGAGGGUUCUUCCGAACCUGCUAGGAUUGAGUAUCGGGUGCUCAAGCCGGGAGUCAUCGAUUUGUAUCAUACUGAGGUUCCCGACGAAUUCAGAGGAAGAGGGAUUGCUAAAAAGCUUGCUGCCGGGGCUUUUGAGCACGUGAAGAAGGAGAACUUACGGAUGAAGCUGUCGUGUUGGUACCUUCAAACAAUUUUGACCCAGAAUCCGAAGUCUGGCUUCGCGGCUCUGCUUGACGAAAAUUAG